AUGCCGACAGUGUCUUCGCGAAUGUCUGAAGAUGUCCUUCUAGACGACACCUUCGCGGCGCCCACUCUUCCUGUGUCCUUUGGCGCCAAGCCCAACGCCAUUGUGCGCCCCGUGCAGCGCACUCUCACGCGCGAGGCCAGCGAGAAGCUCCUGUCGGAGUUCGGCAGCCACCUCACGGACUCCAGUGAGGGCAAGACGGCCCUCAAGGAGUUCGUGGAGCAGCUGGACGAGAAGCUGAAGCGCCUGCAGGCGCAGGACCAGAAGGAUGGCAGGAAGAGGGUCACGACAGUCAUCCAGCGCCCGCUCUUCAUCACCACCGUGCCCACGGGAUACUACGUGCAGCCCUGCAAGGAGCCCAUCUGCGUCCGGAAGGUCUACGCCUACUCCAGCCAUCCGCGCGUCGUCGCCAGCCCGGACAAGUCCAAGCCACAGCGGAAGAUUCCGCGCCCAGCUCUUGACCUGAAGCGUCACGUGAUCUCGGAGCCUGUCGCGCGCAAGGAGGCUCUCAGGGAUUCCACUCAACCAUACCAGAACAUGAUGUUCGACAAGCGAGUCGUUCGAGGAAGCAAUUUCAAUGCAAAUGCAGCCACAAUCACGUGGAAUCCCAAUUUUGCCUAUGCGGGUCUGCUGUCGGGAAAGGGCGACGUGGAUCACAAGGACACGGCCAAGAGGCGACAACUGCUGCGGAAGAAGCCGCGCAACCGCGGCGUCGUGGGGACGCCGCCGCCGGUGCGCGGCCGACGGCAUGAGAACGUGCAAACGGAGAAGUACCUGGAGGAGCUGUUCGUGCGCCCUAGCGAGAACGACGCCAGCUGUCAGACGGAUCUCUUCCUGCAGCGACCGCCGUCAGCGCCCUUCGUGGCCGCGCUGGCCGGCAGGGAUGCCGAGACGGAGAUCCUGGACGGCGAUCUCAGCCACUCGGACCAGGAGGUGCAGCCCGUGGUGGACAAUCUGGUGGGACGGUGCAUGGAGCAGGCAUUCUUGGAGGUCAUCCACGAGGAGGAAGUGGCGGAGAUGAAGAAGGAGCAGCAAAAAUUGUUGGCUCUUCGCGAGGCGGAGCUAGACAAGCUGAGGCGCUCAGACGGGGCGCCAAGAGAGUCGCCGGGCAAGAGCAAGAGGCGCAUCACUGCCGCGAAGCUGCUCCAGGAGCACAUCGCCGACCUGCUGCCCGCCAUCCUCAGCUCCAUUCAGUCCGUGACCGAGGCGGAGAACCGCGAGGAGCUGGAGCGCCAGCUGCAGCCGUGGCUGGCGCGCGAAGUGGCCGAGGAGAUCGGCCACAUGAUCGACUCCAAGGAGCUCCUGGGCGAGAUCGUCAAGGAGAUCCUGCGCGAGCGCGCCGAGCUCUACGGCACGCUCUCAGAGUCCGAGAGCGAGGCGUCGCUGGCGCCAGAGCGCAAGCGGAAUCAGAUCAAGAGCGAGGAUAUCAACGAUGGCAAGGAGAAGGCGAUGUACAUCGAGGGAGACGAGAUUCUUUAUCGUCGCGAGCAGUGA